GAUCCAAGAGCAGUGAUGGAUUUUGGAGUGUGGAUUCCUCUGACAGAGGAUCAGGCGGAUGAGGUCGGGGAUGAUAUCACGUGCCGGAGCUUGUCUUCUGCUCGUGAGAGUACAAUGGAUGUGAGAGCGCCUACUCCACAUGUCGGCGCGAAGUCAAUGGAGAAUGAUUACGAGGUUCCACUCCAUCGGCUGAGGUGCCUGCGUGGCCUCGGAAAGGCAGGAUUCAUACCCACGGAACCUAAGUUUAAAGACGUAACUAUCCGAUACAUACCAAAGCCGAAGUUCCGAUGGGCCGUAGAGAGCUAUGUCAAGCAGGGGGUUGAUCAGCAUCCAAGCCGGAAGCAGGUACCAUUCUUUCUGCGCAGGUCCAAAACUCUUCAGGUGAUUCAAAACAAACCAUUCCAGCGGUUUUAUACAAAGCUAGAGAUGACUCCAACACCAAGGGCGCUCACAGAUCGAGACCGUUUUGAACCCUUCAGUCGGAAAAACAAAAAUGACAGGCGUUACUCCCUUUCGUUUGUUUACAAACAAACGCCAUACCCUGGUAUCCUUCAAAAACCCAAAACAGAUCGGCCGUUGUUAAGACGGCCGACCCCGUUGCGGACCCCACCGGUACAGGAAACGGACUCACAGUUCAAACAUUUUACAAAAAGUUUAGAAUUGAAACCGAAAAACUUUGCCACAUCUACAGAGCAAGAUAUAUUUUACAAUAGGAAUUAUCCGUUACUUUUGGACGCUCAUCCCGAAGAGGAAGUUUCUACUCUGCCGCGCAAGCGUACACCGACUCCAGAAAUAUGUUUUACGCCAGGAAUGAAACGCGGAAUGUCAAUUACGUCCAGAAUUCAGAAUCUAAAAAUGGAAAUAGAUGUACUUGACCAAGAAACCGAUGGAAUUGACUUUAGAACAGUAUUGAGGGACGAUGCAUUUGAUCCUGCCAAAUGGCCUUGGAAUAAAGGCCGAUCGAGUUACAUGAUUCCGUCGCCCUCCAGUUCACAUUUGCAGCGACAACGUCCAAAAUCUCCGAGCCCCAUGUCUGUCAGCACACUCCCAAAAGAUCGAACUCCGACUUCCUUCUCUCCCGGAAGGUCCCUUUCGCCAUAUUAACAAGACAAAAAUCACCAACACAGACCAUACAGCAUUUCUUUUAUAAAGUAAAAGAUUUCACGGAUAGAAACGUUAGUUUCUACAUUAAGGCGGCAUCUAGCGUUUUGGUCGCAAAUAUAGGGGCAUAUCUCUUUUGGUGGUACAUA